GGGAAUUUGCUAAUGAGGAUGUGUGUAAAACUCAUCUCCACAUGAGUCGUUCAUCUUCAAAAGCCGCACAAUCUGGAGACACGCCCCGGAGACAACUUCUUCGACAAGAGGAACAAGAUGAGGCACCGGCCUCCGUAAGCCCGUCAACACUCUCCUCUCGUCAGGAGGGCGAUGAACCAAUGGAAGCCCAACCUCAAUCUGUGCCCGGCACCGCUACACCACGUGGCCCCCCACGUGACAGCUCGUCGGGCGGUUCCACGACCACAUUCUCUUCGUCCAACACCGAUUCCUCGGCCGACCGCUACGCAGUCGGCGCGCAUCGUGGACACCGAGGCGGUGGCCGUGGCAGCCGAGUCGUUGAAGUUACAGGAUCUACCACCUCCUCGUCGACAGAGGACUCUGAAGCCAGAGAACGACGCUUCGGAUCAAUCGACCUUCACCAGCCCCUACUGAAGGCCGCCACAAGUGGCGUCGUCUCCGCUUGUGCGGGGCAGGAGGCAUCGAAGACACAGGCAAAUAUUGAUCCACAGCUGAAGCAAGCCCUACUGGCUGAUUUUGACCUCCCAGGACUCUUUCAUUCACCCGCUGUCUCCGGACUGUACUCUCCUCGGCUCUCUCAGCCAUGCUCGGGACGCCUCUCUGUCGGCGGUGGCAGCGGCGGCCCAGGAGGUGCCCCCUACGACGUCACAGUGCCCACCCACCCCUCCUACGUCGGCCCCUACCGCAUGGACCGACUGCUGGGUCGCGGUAACUUCGCCGUCGUGAAACUCGCCACCCACACCCAGCUCCACGUGCAGGUGGCCGUGAAGAUAAUCAACAAGGAGCUGAUUGGCGGGCAGAACUUGGCCAAGGUGUCGCGCGAGCUGGAGGCCAUGAAGCGGUGUCACCACCCACACAUCGUCCGGCUCUACCACAUCAUGGAGACCGAGACGAACAUCUACAUGGUCAUGGAGUACGCUAGCCGAGGCGAAGUCUUCGAUCACAUCAGUCUCUCGCACGCCUUCACGGAGAAGGAGGCGCGAGAGCUCUUCUGGCAGACGGUGUGCGCCAUCGACUACUGCCACAAGUCAGGCAUCGUGCAUCGCGACCUGAAGGCCGAGAACCUCCUUAUCGACGCGCAUUUCAAAAUCAAAGUCGCCGAUUUCGGCUUCUGCAACUUCUUCCGCCCGGAGCACCUACUUACGACGCACUGCGGCAGUCCGCAGUACGCAGCGCCGGAGUUGUUCAAGGGCGAGUCCUACGACGGUCCGCUGGUGGAUGUCUGGAGCCUCGGCGUCAUUCUCUACAUCCUCGUGUGCGGCUCGUUUCCAUUCCCGGGUGAGUCACUCGGAGACAUCCGGAGUCAGGUGUUGCGCGGUCUCGUGCGUUUUCCCUUCUUCCUCAGCACGGCCUGCGAGCACGUGAUUCGCGGGAUGCUGCAGGUCGACCCGGCGAAGCGCUUUCGUCUCUCGCAGCCAAUGGGAUUCCGUGUGUGCGUGUGUGACCUUGACAUCGACCAAUUAAAACGCCGCAACUCUGUACAUUUGUCUCAGGUAACAGCCACCGCAUGGAUGCAGGCUUCGCCCAAUCUGCUGCACUACACGCGUCUAAUGUCCUACCACGAGGACGCGGCACGCAAACGCCACGUCGACGAGGUCUUUGAGCGCCAGUUCCCGGAGCACAGCAGCGUUGUGCUGGCGAGCCGCACGGAACGACUCAUGCAGUCCCUUGAUGCUGGCAUAAUCCGUGCACUCUCAUUGGCUACCGGGGCGGACGAAGAAGAGAUUCGUCUCUCCACGUCCCACCGCAAAUUUGACCGUCUUCACGCCUGCUACGAGCUCCUCUCGGACAAGAUCUACCGCUUCAUCGAUCAGCCCGCACUCCACGAGACCGUGGAGAUGUGGAUCAAACGCACGGGCCCCUCUCUGCAGCCGCCGCCCACCGCCGCUGACGCUCAGCAGUCGAGCAGCAACGACCCGAGACCGCCUGUUUCCCCCCAUAGUCCGUCGGAUCAACCAAUUGUCAGCGAGGGUGGUUCCGACACGGGAAGCGGACCCUCCCUACCGACGGCAACCGACCAACCAGGAGCGCACCCUCCGUGGGAAUCCAAACUAUCGAUUUGGCGUGAAGAAGAGGAGGAGGAGGAAGAAGAAGAAAGAAACGAGGACGAUGCUGAAGAGACGACGUCCGUGGCGUCACCUACGGACCCCCUGAGGGUACCUGAAUGUCCGUCGCAGAAAACCCUGCCCGAGGAAUACGACGAGGCUGUUUCCUUGACGGCCACUGCUGUGCAGAACUUGUCCGUCAGCAGACCGAUGGAUGACCAGGAGGUGGUGGUUAGUCCGUCGACUCAGUCCGACGUCUGCAAUGACCUGCUUGCCACCUGGACUAGUGACUUUCGGGCGAAAAGAACCGACGUUCGCAUCGCUCUGUCCAUUCUCCAGGCUGAUGAAGCCCUUGAACUGGGCGAGUUUUCCGGCAAUGCACCAGACUCAACCGCGAAAAAUCUCCGUCGCCACACGAUCCAGCUGCCGAGUCUUGGGCUGUUUCAACGCCUGCAGGACCAUCGCCAGCGUCAGGAGUGCCUUGCCACGGAUGAAUGCGUCCAGGGCGAUGUGCCACCCUCGGACGUGCAGAACGCUGGCGACGGUUUCGUCAGCGAAGGUGGCGACGGAGAGGGAAGCAGUGGUUGUGGACGGGUGUCGACUUUGCUGCGAAUUCCUCGGCAAACCACUCAACCAGAACUGGGCUGCUGGAGGACUCGACUUCAGCGCGAAGCGCCUGGCAACGGCAGUUCUCUUGUGGACGGGAAAAGUGAGUUUGAUUGGCUACCGCUGGCCAACAGGUCGGACGCCACUGCCAAGCUCAAGAUCGCCGAUGUCAAAGAAUUCUCGCUGGAUUUGGGCCAAGAAGCCGCCAACACGCUGCCUCCUGACCAAUCACCUCAACCCGGAAUGAACCUUCAAAUCAGCGUCACAACGGCCGAAUACCCUCAGGACCACACAUUGGGUGAUUUGUCUGAAAGCACGCAGCCCUUGACGGGGAGUCCAAGCUUCUCAAUCUUCUCCAAACCCUCUCCUCCACUAUUUGCCGCCAACAUGACCGAGGAAUGCUGGGAAACACUGCCCCACCGCACGGCUGGUGAACCCCUGCCCCAACUCGACCUGCCCGCUUGCAUCCCCUCGAUGAGUCAUCAGCCGGUCGCGCGGUUCACCGUCAAGGAUCCCAACUUGCUCGCCCCACCGGAAUUCAUGACACCGCAUUCUUCGAGUUUUCCUCGACGCUCAUCUGACGGGGCUGCGGACAUGCCUACACUCCAUCGGCAGUAUCCCCUGGUCGGCGGGAGUUAUCCUGAGCAGGCGAACUACAGAAGCGAGUACAACCCCAACGAGGAUACGUCGCUUCCAGGAGGUCAGGCCAUAGCGAAUACGCUGACCUCAUUCACGAUGCCUCCGUCCAUGGCCGUCUCCUUCGAAGACCACGUGUCUCCUGAGGCAGGCGAACUCAUGUCCAAGGUUGCCUGCAAUGUCGCCGGCCUCAGUUCUUCCACGCUUGGACCCAAAGAAACACCAGGUGUUCCAUCGACGGCCGAUGAAGCCUCGAGAGCGCGUCUGCCGCAUCAGCCCUCAUUGGUGGGCUGCGAGCCCAUCGUCUCGACGCAAAAGCGGUACUCAUUGCCCUCAAGGCAGGCUCCAAUGCUGCUGGAUCAUCUUACGGCUGAGAAGAAAAUCGGUAAGAAGUACGUCUGCUGCUGCGAUCGAAUCCUGGAAGCCUUUCUGGCCGAAAAUCCGAGGAAAAUAACUCUGGAAUCGAUCAACGCGUUUAAACUCUCCCUUUUUCAUCGGGGAACCGCCAGUUUCCUGGGUCCACAGGGGGCAGAAUGGGUCCAGUCGAAGCCCACAGAGGGCUACACGGCUCCGGGAAUACGCCGAGGCUCUGAGGCCACACAGCUGCGCCUCUGGAACCAACGACUUGCUCAGACCUACGGGAAUCCGCUUCGACGGAACACCUUCUCGCGAUGGUUGAGCUACGAGACAAGGGAUCAGCUGGAGGCAUUGUCGCAGGUAAAGCGACAGGAGUUGCGAGCUAGCGCAAGUGCCAAUGUUCCGAAGGCCGUCCAACUUGAAGGCACCGGUGACACUUCUAGAGCUGGAAGCGUUCCGUUUGCGCAUCUUCAGCAGAAAUCACCCAAACGCCUCACAAUCUGCCGCGUGGACAGCCAGCACUCACUUGCCAAGGCAGAGUCCUCCGACAGGUCAGCUGCUGCCUCACGAAUUGACAUCACUUCCGAACUAGGGCCGACGGCUGUGAAGCGGCCUAGCAAGGACGUCGGUGUGGCGAACCCAUUCCGACCACACUCGUCGUGGAAUGAAAAACUCACGGCAGGCCCACGUCUGCGCCAAACUCUUCCUCGGAGCAAGUCACAGGUGUCGUGGACUGACAUGAAGGGAUGCGACCCAACCAGCAUGCAGCCUGUCAUUGUCGAUCCUACCUCGACUCAAGUCCACUCUGGCGAUGAGACAGCUGGUCUAGUCGACGUCCACCACACCCCCAUGGACACAACAUCCAUGAAUGUUGAAGCCACGCCAACCUCAGCUCACUGUGUGAAGGCUUCCAGCAGUGGCAAGAAGUCGCCUUCAUCGGGAGAUGGACGUGGAAGACGUCGACAACAUGUUGAUCCACUCAGGACCUCGUGGAGUUCAGCAAGCGCCACAAGUCCGUGUCGAAAGGCAACACUAACAGACGCUCGCAGUGUAAAGGUCGCGCCCUCAACCAUUGGUCAGAGCUCGAUACCCGGCUACAGCCUAGAUCCCCUGAACCCACAAACUCUUCCGUCCGAACAGGUUCCACUUCAGCCCCAACCUCAACCAAUCCCGCCAAAUUUCACGGUAACACCGCCGGAUCCGACGCCUUCACCAUCGCUUCCAGAAGCUAUGGCGGAAUCUCCAACGCAGGUGCCGUCGGGUGAUGACGAGUCGCCCUUGAACUACUGCAACCCCCACCAAUUUCACUUCUCCCGACAGCCUCUUCCAUCCUUCCACAUGACCUCCUACCCCUGUGGCUCGAAGUUGGUGAUUCGACCCAGCGACGAAGACGACGAUCUCGCUGUCAUCGAUCAGGUCAACCGUCGACUUGCCAUGGGCCAGCUGGAGACCGAUCCCCUGCUUUUCUCACUUCCCGCUGUCGCCAGUCUUCUCAGCAACCCCUUUCCUGAUCAGUAUUCGCAGCAGACGGUGGGUGGAUACGAUGAGUCGUCGUUCCAGCAGUCUCAAUACCACCACCAGGAGAUGCAGACUUCCACCCAAUCAGGACAGUUAUUCUUUCCAAUGGACGCGAGUUAUGCGGUUGGUGGCAGCCUUGCACACACCAUUCCUGCAGCUCGUGGCCUGCUUCGACAAGAGGGUACCACGCAACUAUCGCCGUCCGCAGAAGACUCUUCCAGCGAGGUCGAAAUAACCGAUCAAUGA